AGGUUUGAAAGUGCACAGGAGGUGUGGAGCCAAGAGUCUUGAGAGGAGGCUCUCUCCCAGCAGCAACGUCCAUACUUCAUAUAGGACGGAGAGGCAGCUAACAAGAGUGGAUGGUGAUCCACACAGGAAUCUGCAUAGAGACAUCUGCAUUCAGAUGGAGAGGAAGUUUCCCUAGAAGUAAAGACUACACUUAGUAUUAGAGGAAAUGAGCGGAGAACCCUAGUGAGUCUGCAUUGAAUUCAACUAGACUAACACUGAGAUAGCUACACCCAGAAUUGGAGGAAGAGAGAGGAGAGCCCUAAAAGUGAUCCUAGUGACCCUACCUUGAAUACAACUACAACAACAAGGAGAUAGCCCCUGUGCUAGGGACCUUUUUGAAGCUAUUCAGGCAACAGCAGUACCCCAUCCCAACAGGAGGAGGCGGCACAUCUGUGUCGCCUUGACAGAAGGACCAUGACCGGGCGUCAGUGGCUCUCUCUGCUCCUGCUGACCAUUCUGGUGGUUGUGGUGACUACAACAGAUCCAGCCAAGCAUCAUGUGAAAGUGCUGAGGAAACUCAAACCAGUCAACUCAUCAAGCGCUAACGUGAAACAAUGCCUGUGGUUCGCCAUGCAAGAAUACAACCAAGAAAGCGAGGAGAGGUACAUCUUCAAGGUGGUCAAGAUAUUGCAAGCCCAGCUCCAGGUCACAGAUCAUAUGGAAUACUUCAUUGAUGUGGAAAUUGCCCGCAGCACCUGUAAAAAGCCUUUGAACUACAAUGAAAACUGUGUCAUUCAACAAAGCAACAAAUUAGGAAAGAACGUAACUUGCAGCUUUUUUGUACGAGCGCUUCCUUGGAAUGGAGAAUUUACUGUGGUGAAGAGACACUGUGUGGAUGCCUAGGACGCACCCCUCCAAUCCCGGGCUCUGCUUUUCUUUUUGAAAGAAGGGCACGCUGUACACAGGCUGAUAUCAACACGACUUCCUCACACCUUC